GACAUCCACAUGUUGACUCGGUCGGGUCGGAAGAAGGUAUAGGAGUGUUGAGAUCCUGUAAAAUCUCAAUACUUUAACCCGAUUCUUCGUUCCUAUCAACCCCGGAGUAGUUGGUUGUAAACUACCUAUCAGCUUCGUAUCUUGAGCCUGUCAUAAACACCUAUCCGAGAGUGAUCGUCCGAGACAAACCUCCACUUCAACCAGCCCCCCGCCCAACAGGCUGGAGCAUCGAAAUGAACAAUUUCCAGAAACCAAACAAUGUCUCUUCGCUCUUGGGGCCAAUUCGGAAGAUAAAGAAAUGGUUCGGAGACAGUGUAACUCCUUUCCCCGGAUCCUUCCUCGAAGCAAUUCCAGCUCUGUAGCGCUUAGUCAGAUGUGAAACGGAGCUCAUAUUUUUGGGACUGGCGCAACAUUUUCUUGACGUAACCUUGUUUCUCGUGUCUCGACGUCGCUUGCGUGGCCUCGCCGGAGCUGGUCAUUCCAUGUGGUCGCAAGCCCAAGCAUGACCGGCUUCUCUAAACUACUGCCAACGGUGCACAAGUUUCGAGCUGCGCUUAACCGGAGGAAGGAGUCCAAGGAUCGAUUCGGACCCUCGUCUUCACUAGGUCUCAAUGCUGAUCCUCCUGGUCCUCCGUCCCCGUGGGGCCUUCCAGUUGAAAUCCAAAUUCAAAUAUUUGGGUACUGCGGAAGCCCCGAUUAUUACACCCUGAAGCUUGUCUGCAAGGCCUUCAAUGCUCUCUUGUCCUCCAACGAACACGAAAUUGUCCGCCAAUACCUCCGCCAACGCCGUCACGGUACCCUGCCCUCUCCGAUCGACAACGAGCGAACCUAUACCCGGAACCCGGAGGAUGAUGUCGUGCUCUUGUCGGACUUGUUCCCACCGUCCAAAAGCGCGAGGGGAGGUCACCUCUAUACCUUCAGAUAUCUCCAUGGCAUAAGGUCAAGGCAGAAGCAAUGCUCAAUGCUGUGCUACUACCUUGCAGACCGGAUCAUGGAGCGCUUUGUACAGACAGAGCGCAUCUUCCUCCGAUCCUCGUUUCCCACAAGAAAGGCCGGGCGGACUGCUUUGGUAAAGAGAGGCAAGGCGAGUAUAUGGUUCCACCUCGCACCGCUCAUGUACUAUACGUUAUACUUCCUUGAAACCUACGCCUCCGCCAGGCGCGAGCAGACAAACAUGCUCCUCCGUGAACACGAAGCCGGACGUCUCUCAGUCCCGAUCCCGAUCGAAACGCGCCGACGGAUGUAUCGCGACCUGCAGACUCGAAUCCUGCAAGCACCUCCGUUUAAUAACACCGCCGCGCUGGUUGCGACACACCACUGCAUGCACCUGCUAGUCUCAUAUAUCCGAUAUACAAUGGCACCCGAGGCAGAAAUAGACGACUCAUGGAUCAGCUCCCUCCUCACGGUAUCCCCCUUCACUCGGAUCGUGGAGUUCUUCUCCGCCGAGAUCGGUGAUGGAGGUAACCAGCGCAUGCAGCGGAAGGACUUUAUGUAUAAUUUCUACCGUGACACUACGGCCUAUGAGAAAGAUCGCAUGAACUCAGUGAUCUUUGGUCGAUCGUCACAGCGGAAUACGCAUAGUUCGGUGCGAGACUUGUGGUUUAAUGCUGCGUCGAGAGAAUUGGAGGCUCGACAGGCCAUGCCGCAUGAUGUAGAGAUCGGUUGGACUUGGAAUGGGAUUCCGAUUUUGUUUGGAUGUCCGGAUUGUAGGUCGACUUCCGGUUGGCGGGCAUGAUGACGAGGAUGCAUUUGCAUUGGGUUUUGAGCGUUCUGGCGUUAGAUGAACAUUGGAAAUACAUUAGAAUAUCCGGAGUCUUUGUUAUUGAAUGAUUCGAACUUAAUUACACCAUUUCUAUCUUUUUUACUGAUUGUUUUGGA